AUGAUGCGCGCUCGUGGACACGCAUACAAACGCGCCUAUAAAAAUGCUAUCAAAAUAGCGAGAACAUUAUUAUACCAGAAGAUAGGUGACGCAUACGAGAUCUUUCAUGGUAAUUGGUUAAACUUCGAGGAUUUCAAGGUGAGCAAUCCCGUUGACAGGUUAUGGGAAAAGCUAAUAAAGAGUUUUGCCACCGAUGAAGGUGUCUUCGUGGACGAUGAGACUCACGGAGUGAGGAGACUUUCGCCUCUAAAAAAGUCUAUAUGUGCUGGCUUUACCAAGUGCGUAAUUGAACUCAUUCCAAUUGUCAAGACAUAUGACGCAUUUUUCCAUAAAUUAGUAUACCAUAUGCGUUAUAAAGAGCACGUAUCCAUUCCCGAAAAAAUUGGCGCACCAGAAACUCUGAGAAAAAAUGAGAUAACAACUGAACAACCUACUUUACCCUGUAUAUCAGAAGCCGAUCAAAUGGCGCUUGACGGUUUUCUAAAUGCAUGGAAUAAGGCAGUUAACUUAUGCACAAAGCGCGCGCUUUGUAAGUAA